GACACUAGUCACAGAUUCUGCCGUAGCCACCGUAUCCCAAAGUAACACCCAACCUAUAAUUAAGAACAUCACUGCAUUCACCUUGUCCAGUAUUACCACAAAUAACAUUGUUAAAAAUAGUAAUGGAGUCACCCUACUUAACCUGAGCACAAAAACUACAGUUAGGAGUUCAUCUGCAAUCACACCACCCAAGACCAGCUCUGAAACAACAAUUACAAAUGCUACUCUAGUCAUACUACCACACAAUAUCACAGAAACAGCAGUCACGAAUACUACUGCAUUUACCUUACCCAAAAUUAGCACGACAACUAUGGUUAAAAAUUUUACUAUAUUCACCCAGUCCAACAAUAUCACAAGUAAAAUCCUGAAAAACAUUACUGGAGUCACCCUACCCGACCCUACAACAAGAACCAUAAUUAUAAACUCAACUACAAUCACACCACCUAAGACCACCUCAGAAACAGCAAUAACAAUAAAUACUGCAGGCACACUACCCCACAUCACAGAAACACCAGUCACAGAUUCUGCUGUAGCCAACAUAUCCCAAAGUAACACCCAACCUAUGAUUAAGAACAUCACUGCAUUCACCUUGUCCAGUAUUACCACAAAAAACACUGCUAAAAAUAGUAAUGGAGUCAGCGUACUUAACCCGAGCACAAAAACUAUAGUUUUGAGUUCAUCUACAAUCACACCACACAAGACCAGCUCUGAAACAACAAUUACAAAUGCUACUCUAGUCAUACUAUCACACAAUACCACAGAAACAGCAGUCACGAAUACUACUGCAUUUACCUUACCCAAAAUUAGCACGACAACUGUGGUUAAAAAUUUCACUAUAUUCACCCAGUCCAACAAUAUCACAAGCAAAAUCCUGAAAAACAUUACUGGAGUCACCCUACCCGACCCUACAACAAGAACUGUAAUUAUAAACUCAACUGCAAUCACACCACCUAAGAGUAGCUCCGAAACAGCAACAACAAUAAACACUGCAGUCACACUACCCCAUAUCACAAAAACACCAGUCACAGAUUCUGCUGUAGCCAACAUAUCCCAAAGUAACACCCAACCUAUAAUUAGUAACAUCACUGCAUUCACCUUGUCCAGUAUUGCCACAAAUAACAUUGUUAAAAAUAGUAAUGGAGUUACCCUACCUGACCCUAGCACAAAAACUAUAGUUACGAGUUCAUCUACAAUCACACCACCCAAGACCAGCUCUGAAACAACAAUUACAAACCCUACUAUAGUCAUACUACCACACAAUAUCACAGAAACAACAGUCACGAAUACUACUGCAGUCACCGUACCCAAAAUUAGCACGACAACUAUGGUUAAAAAUUUUACUGCAUUCACCCAGUCCAACAAAACCACAAGUAAAAUCCUGAAAAACAUUACUGGAGUCACCCUACCCAACCCAACAACAAGAACUAUGGUUAAAAAAGUUACUGCAUUCACCCAGUCCAACAAUGCCACAAGGAAAAUCCUGAAAAAGAUUACUGGAGUCACCCGUUACAACCCAACAACAAGAACUAUGGUUAAAAAAAUUACUGCAUUCACCCAAUCCAACAAUACCACAAGUAAAAUCCUGAAAAACAUUACUGGAGUCACCAAACCCGACCCUACAACAAGAACCGUAAUUAUAAACUCAACUGCAAUCACACCACCUAAGAGUAGCUCCGAAACAGCAACAACAAUAAAUACUGCAGUCACACUACCCCAUAUCACAAAGACACUAGUCACAGAUUCUGCCGUAGCCACCGUAUCCCAAAGUAUCACCCAGCCUAUAAUUAAGAACAUCACUGCAUUCACCUUGUCCAGUAUUACCACAAAAAACACUGCUAAAAAUAGUAAUGGAGUCACCCUACUUAACUCGAGCACAAAAACUAUAGUUUUGCGUUCAUCUACAAUCACACCACACAAGACCAGCUCUGAAACAACAAUUACAAAUGCUACUCUAGUCAUACUACCACACAAUAUCACAGAAACAGCAGUCACGAAUACUACUGCAUUUACCUUACCCAAAAUUAGCACGACAACUAUGGUUAAAAAUUUUACUAUAUUCACCCAGUCCAACAAUAUCACAAGUAAAAUCCUGAAAAACAUUACUGGAGUCACCCUACCCGACCCUACAACAAGAACUGUAAUUAUAAACUCAACUGCAAUCACACCACCUAAGAGUAGCUCCGAAACAGCAAUAACAAUAAAUACUGCAGUCACACUACCCCAUAUCACAAAAACACCAGUCACAGAUUCUGCUAUAGCCAACGUAUCCCAAAGUAACACCCAACCUAUAAUUAAGAACAUCACUGCAUUCACCUCGUCCAGUAUUAUCACAGAAAACAUUGCUAAAAAUAGUAAUGGAGUCACCCUACCCAACCCUACAACAAGAACUGUAAUUAUAAACUCAACUGCAAUCACACCACCUAAGAGUAGCUCUGAAACAGCAACAACAAUAAACACUGCAGUCACACUACCCCAUAUCACAAAAACACCAGUCACAGAUUCUGCUGUAGCCAACGUAUCCCAAAGUAACACCCAACCUAUAAUUAGUAACAUCACUGCAUUCACCUUGUCCAGUAUUGCCACAAAUAACAUUGUUAAAAAUAGUAAUGGAGUUACCCUACCUGACCCUAGCACAAAAACUAUAGUUACGAGUUCAUCUACAAUCACACCACCCAAGACCAGCUCUGAAACAACAACUACAAACCCUACUAUAGUCAUACUACCACACAAUAUCACAGAAACAACAGUCACGAAUACUACUGCAGUCACCGUACCCAAAAUUAGCACGACAACAAUGGUUAAAAAUUUUACUUCAUUCACUCAGUCCAACAAUAUCACAAGUAAAAUCCUGAAAAACAUUACUGGAGUCACCCUACCCAACCCUACAACAAGAACUGUAAUUAUAAACUCAACUGAAAUCACACCACCUAAGAGUAGCUCCAAAACAGCAACAACAAUAAACACUGCAGUCACACUACCCCAUAUCACAAAAACACCAGUCACAGAUUCUGCUGUAGCCAACGUAUCCCAAAGUAACACCCAACCUAUAAUUAGUAACAUCACUGCAUUCACCUUGUCCAGUAUUGCCACAAAUAACAAUGUUCAAAAUAGUAAUGGAGUCACCCUACUUAACCUGAGCAUAAAAACUACAGUUACGAGUUCAUCUACAAUCACACCACCCAAGACCAGCUCUGAAACAACAAUUACAAAUGCUACUCUGGUCAUACUACCACACAAUAUCACAGAAACAGCAGUCAUGAAUACUACUGCAGUCACCGUACCCAAAAUUAGCAUGACAACAAUGGUUAAAAAUUUUACUACAUUCACCCAGUCCAACAAUAUCACAAGUAAAAUCCUGAAAAACAUUACUGGAGUCACCCUACCCAACCCUACAACAAGAACUGUAAUUAUAAACUCAACUGCAAUCACACCACCUAAGAGUAGCUCCAAAACAGCAACAACAAUAAACACUGCAGUCACACUACCCCAUAUCACAAAAACACCAGUCACAGAUUCUGCUGUAGCCAACGUAUCCCAAAGUAACACCCAACCUAUAAUUAGUAACAUCACUGCAUUCACCUUGUCCAGUAUUGCCACAAAUAACAUUGUUAAAAAUAGUAAUGGAGUUACCCUACCUGACCCUAGCACAAAAACUAUAGUUACGAGUUCAUCUACAAUCACACCACCCAAGACCAGCUCUGAAACAACAAUUACAAAUGCUACUCUGGUCAUACUACCACACAAUAUCACAGAAACAACAGUCACGAAUACUACUGCAGUCACCGUACCCAAAAUUAGCACGACAACUAUGGUUAAAAAUUUUACUGCAUUCACCCAGUCCAACAAAACCACAAGUAAAAUCCUGAAAAACAUUACUGGAGUCACCCUACCCAACCCAACAACAAGAACUAUGGUUAAAAAAGUUACUGCAUUCACCCAGUCCAACAAUGCCACAAGGAAAAUCCUGAAAAAGAUUACUGGAGUCACCCGUUACAACCCAACAACAAGAACUAUGGUUAAAAAAAUUACUGCAUUCACCCAAUCCAACAAUACCACAAGUAAAAUCCUGAAAAACAUUACUGGAGUCACCCUACCCGACCCUACAACAAGAACUGUAAUUAUAAACUCAACUGCAAUCACACCACCUAAGAGUAGCUCCGAAACAGCAACAACAAUAAAUACUGCAGUCACACUACCCCAUAUCACAAAGACACUAGUCACAGAUUCUGCCCACAAAAACUAUAGUUACGAGUUCAUCUACAAUCACACCACCCAAGACCAGCUCUGA